AUGCGACCUACCCAUUAUAUUAUAUAUUUUUUAUUUUUUUCGCACGUACAUCCUCUUCCCCCCUCUUUUUAUUUUUUUGCUUCUGGAAAAGGGGAGGCCGUCGGAAAAGGGAAAAGGGUGAUUUUAUACAUGGCACUUGCGAAGUCUGAAAAGUGUUGGAGCCUGGGGAGCAGGGAAGCCGGCUUGUAUCCAUGGGACGUGCGUCGGCUCGAUCAUGUCUUGAGGCAGGCAACGGCGCCGAAGGCUACAUUUGAGAAAAAGCUUUGGUGCGUGAAGGUCAUAUUGCGUUGCAUUGAGACGACAGUGUCCGAGGAGCAAGUUGAACUGCGACGAAACCGCCAACUUUUGUCGACGCUACGAUAUUUUCUUUUUCAGCCGAUAUCGACGCCUCUGGGCGCGAGGCUUCGCCAGCACACUCUUUCGGUGUAUCUUCGUCUGCUCGGAGGGGAUUUGG